GCUGCCUCUUCUCCCUCUCUGCUUGUGCCUCACCUCAGGAGGGGGAAAGGCAGCGACACAAACUGGCCCCAGGGAAGAGGGGAAAUAUCCCUGGAACAGAGAAGUCCCCGGGAUAAAUGGGCCUCCAGAACGCCAAGCCCUCAGCGAAGGGGGCCAACAUCGUGAUGCUGGGGCUGGACUCCGCGGGGAAAUCCACGCUGCUCUACAAGUUCAGGUAUAAAGAUGCUUUUAUAACAAUGCCAACCAUUGGCUUCAAUGUGGAUAUGAUUGAAGCAGGGAAAGAUUUCAUUCUGACGUUUUGGGAUGUUGGAGGACAGAAGAAAAUGAGAGAGCUCUGGAGCAAUUUCCUGGAAGACGCCGGCGGGCUGCUGUACGUGGUGGACAGCUCUGACAAGCGGCGGCUGGAGGAGUCCAGGAGGGAAUUUGAGCUCAUUUUAAAGAAUGAAUCCAUAAAAAACGUCCCUGUGGUCGUGCUGGCGAACAAGCAGGAUUUGCCUGGAGCACUGAACGCCGAGGAGAUCACCAGGAAGCUCAAGAUGAAGAAGUACUGCAGUGACAGGAACUGGUACGUGCAGCCCUGCUGUGCCACCACGGGAGAGGGGCUGGCAGAAGCUCUCCAGAGGGUGGCCACCUUUGCCAGGCAGUACAAGAAGUCAAAGGAGACUUUCAUCGCCCUGAAGGAACUCAACUCCUUUUAAGGAUUUCUAUCAUCCACUUCUGGUGACUCUUAACAUACUUUGUUGGACAGAUUAAAUCUGGAAAUACUGGAUUCUGAAGAACUUUUAUAUAUAAAUAUUUAUAAAGGACUUUGACAAUAUCAAAUUCUACAGUUAUACCUGCAGAUACUUGAUAUACCUGAUGGGAUAUCUCAUACCUGAGAUAGGACUCUGUAGCAUUUUAUUAUUAUUUUUUUAUUUACUUGGGGUUAUUCAAGUUGAAUGAUGACAAAGGGGCAGUCACGCACAUGGAAAUAAAAUAGGUGAGCAGCGUUUAAGUGGCUUAAAUCAAAUGAAGAUUCAAAUCCAUUUUUUUUCAAGAUGUAAACCAGCCAAAUCAUUUGGUCAGCAGUGAUCAAAUGCUGUUUUGCA